GUGGUCUCAACGGGCGCGUCGUAGUCUUGAAAGCUAUCAUGAUGCGCUGAGGUGGUUUACAUUGCGACACAAAUGCAGGGGGAAGGACAAGAGCUAGGGGCUAAAUGAAACUAAACGGAGUAAAGCUGGUGCGAACUUACCGAAUGUGGUCUGCUCGGCAAUCGCCGGAGCGGGCCGGUUCCGCGCGAGAGAUGAGAGGUCUGUGGCUUGUGGGUAAAAGUCGGAUCGUAUUUCUGGCUCUUGGCCUCAUCUCAGCCGUCCUUUCGACAUCGGUCUGUUCGUUCGACACUCCGCAUUUCAACCCACAAUGCCCCCCGUACACGGAGACGAAGACAACGAGAAAGUCUCGUCGGCGAUCCUCAAGGAGAGGCGAUUCAAGCUGAGCAGAGCAUGCGACCGCUGCAGACGACGAAGAAUCAAGUGCGAUGAAGGACACCCCUGUCAGGCAUGUCUGUCCGCCAACUCUUCCUGCACGUUCGAGGAGCCAGGAAAACGUAGCCAUCCGCACAAGUCAAAACGCACUGCAACACUUGAAGACCGAAUGCAUCAGCUCGAGACCCUCAUCCGAGCUAUUCCGCCCGCCGUGUUUGCCGCAGGAGGCAGCGGCAUCCAACCCACGAGUCAACUCUCCGAUGCGAGCAUGGCGAGCCCACUCGCCUCCUUUGCCUCCACCACCCACACCUUCCCUUCUGGCGUCCCACCACCAUCCCUUCAUGUAUUCCCGCUUACAAAUCCGUCUACUCACUUCACGACUGCACCAAGAGACGCACGCCAAGAAAGUCCUAAUUCCGCUCUUCAAUCAAUGCUAGCCCAAAAUGGAGUCGGUACCUCGAUUAUGCAAGGCAUGAGCCCCAUCGAACCUCAGCAGGAAGAGCCGACCAGGAUGGCGAUCCAGGCCUCCUACCUCUACUUCGACGACGAGGGGCACACGCGAUGGCAGGGAGAGACCUCUGGUCUGCCCCUUCUAGACCUGCUCGUCGAGAGCCAUACACCUGUCGUGAAGGCCGAAAGCGAACAGCUCAACGGUAUACCCCAGCCGCCACCGACCUCGCAUACCAGGUCGAGUUCGGGCGCGGGCGGCGGCGGCAGCGGAGGCAGCACGACGUGGUUUCCCAACCGGACUCCGAGGCGAGCUGACGUCAACCCGGAGACGCUGUGGAGAUUAAUCACAUCGUACAUCGUUCCGGAGCUCAUGGACAGUCUCGUGCAGUGCUUCUUGUGCACGUCGUACUAUAUCAUGCCGUUCUUGCAUGUGCCAACGUUCUUAUCGGACUACGGCAACCCACGAAAAUGGGGCGAACCGGGUUUUGCCUCCUUCAUCGUCGCCAUAUGCUGCCUCGCUUCGAGACACAUUGACGACCCACGCGUACGUGCGGAUCCCAAUGAGGGCACCUCAGCUGGGACGCAGUGGUUCGAGCUCUUUGGGCGCCUCCGAACGCUGCCUAUCGCGGACCGACCGACCCUCUAUACCAUUCAGGCAGACCUGGUCGCGGCGGUAUACGCCGUCGGUCUUGGCAAGCUCUCCAAAGCCGCAGCGCUCCUUUCAGAGGCGAUCACGGUCUCGGUCGACGCGGGCCUGCACCGCUCGUCGGAUACAUACGACGUGUUCUCACCCGUCGAGGACGAAGUCCGGAAACGCACGUUCUGGUGCGUCUACCUCUGGGACAAGCAGCUGUCAGCGCACUUUGGGCGCCCGCCGAUGAUCCGCCUGCGCGAUUGCGAUAUCGAGGAGCCGACGAUCGUCGACGACGAGUUCAUCACCGACGAAGGGAUGCGUCCGCAGGCCCCUGGGACUGAGAGCCGGAUGAGCGCGUUCGUAGCUGCGCUGCGGAUCAUGGUCGUGAUGGAGAGCGUGCUCGACAUCCCCGCGCCGCGGUUCUCGCGCUCGAGCGACUCGAGCUCGCCGUACCUCGUUCGCGCGGCGGGCGUGCUCUCCGGGCACAUGCGGCCGAAGGACUUCCGCGAGGAGGAGGCGCUGCUCGACGAGGUUAGCCGCACGAUCCCGCCGUACUGGGCGCACACGAGCGAGACGCUUGCGAGCGACGAUGUGAUUCGCGUGACGCAGGCGGUGCGUCUGCACUGCGCGGAGCAGUUCGUGCGGAUGCUGAUUCAUCGGCAUCGGUUCUCGAAUUUUGUCGCGGAGAAGGCGUACGGGGUGCCGAGCAGGAGCGAUGAUGAGCCUGGGGAGGUGGAGAGGGAGGCGAUGGCGCAGGCGCAUGCGUGCGCGCUGGGGAUUAUUUCGUCGCAUAUGCAGGUAGCGGCGAAGGGGCUCAUGACGUAUUAUGGCGUGCACGUUAUCCACCAGCUCACGCAGGCGGGCCGCACGCUCCUCUCCAUCUUGAUCAACUGCAAGAGCGAAAAGCUGCAGCACCUCAUCCAGCCCGCACUCGAGGCGCUACGGUCGUGCGUGGGCCUGCUGCGCCGGUUUAGCGGGAGAUAUGUGUGUGGGCAGCGAUCUGGAGAUCUGAUGGAGGAGUUCUGCAGACUAACCCAAAUACCGCUGGAACCCUCGCGCCCUGACAACGCCGACCAGGAGAGCAGCCGGCCGCCGUGGAUCCGUCCCAUCCGGAAAAAGACGUCUAGUGCCGCGAAGGGCUCCGACAACGGCGGCUCGCAGCACUCGAGCCCCGAGGCGUUCUCCCCAUCCGAAUUCGUCACCGACGCAGCGCUCGCGCGCGGGACGAGCCCGAGCAAGGUGUUCUCGCCUGCACCCGUCGCCGGCCCGUCGUCCGCCGGUCCGGGCGGUCCGGGGAUGGCGCACGCGUUUGGGGGUGUGGGCGUUGGCGUUGGCGUUGAGCGGUCGGCGAGCGUGACGUCCGCGUCUGCGUCUGCGCUGGGCGGGACGCCGUUCAUGGACCAUACGCUGGGGAUGGAGUUUGAUGCGGACAUGUAUAUGUCGCCUGUGGGCGCGAUGAGCAUGUUUGGGGACGAUCCGGUGGAUGUUGCGUCGUUGCUUGGGCACGAUUUCGGGUUUGGGCAGCCGCCGAUGGGCGGGGAUGUGCAUGGGAGGCACGGGCACGGGCAGGGAGGUGGGGAUGCGGGGAUGUAUGGAUUGGGUGGGGGAAAUUUGGUUACGACGCCUUGACGAGGCGAGAUAGAGGAGGAGGUGGAGGUUGCGGAUGCGGGGACGAAACGAGGGGCGAUGGGGUCUCCGGUUCAAGAACCUGAGCGUAUUGCCCAUAUUCUUAUCGGCUGUCCACUGAUGGACCAGCGGAGGUCCGCUUGGAAGACGACCUGGUGAUAAUAGGAGAGGUGGAUCAAGAGGUGCUCCGCCCGCGUGCAUAUUUUCGCGUACCGUGAUCACGAUGCGGGUAGUUUGAUCAUCGAGAACGUGGGGUUCGCUUUGUUAUAUUGCUUUAUGCUUUACUAUUUGCUUUUCGUGUACGAUGUAGCGUAGCUGGUGUUCGAUGCCGUCGUGAUCGCCGUUUCGUCAGUUGACUCCUCGUCUCCGUUCUUCGUGACUAAAUUGAACGCUUCGGUUGCCCGCUAUGCUCUUGGUUCAUAUCGCGUGCAUUACGUAACACAUUUGGGUAUCGGAAGAUUAUCUGCCAGCAUUGAGAGUUUUGAUCGAAUAAAAAUAAAACUUGAACAACUCGCCACCGAUGGGAUCAAAGCAGAAAAGCAAUAGUUGUACAUCUAAUCGAAGACGAG